UUCUUUACCGGCUUUGGAACCGGGUCUUUGCAGACAGCCACCUGCGACUCUUCUGUUUAAGGAGAUUAAAAAAGAUCGAAGGUACAGAAGAAGCAGACAACAUCUGAACAAGUUGAGCAACUGAAUUUUUCAUGGUUUUCAAAGGCACCACCAUGUUCUCUGCAUCACUCUUUAGAAACAUAAGGAGGUUCCAAGGAUUUAGGACUAUACGACAGAUAUGUAUUAAAAACUUUGGAAAUACCCUUAGGCUAUUGCCCUUUUAUUGUUUGCCAGUUCCUUUUGUGACUGUACAUGCCUUAAGCUUUAGGAACUCAAAAGAGAAGGAAGAUAAGGAUCAGGAGAAAAUGAUUGACUACAAAGCUGUGAUAGAGACUGCUGAACAAUUGUAUCAGGAUUACAAAGUCCAGGAGUUAUAUGACUAUCUUGUUCAAUUCAAGGAUUGUACAAACGAUGAGGUCCUAUGGCGACUGGCCAGGGCCACCACUGACAAGGGCAAAGACAGUACCGAUGCGGAAGUGAAGAAAUCCUGUAUGUUUGAAGCAUUUGAAUAUGCAAAGAGGGCUUUACAAAUAAAUGAAAAUAAUUUUGCUUGUCACAAGUGGUAUGCUGUGCUGUUGGAUUACACCGGGGAGUAUGAAGGCACUAAAGCCCGGAUUUCUAAUGCUUUCUCUGUUAAGAAACAUUUCCUGAGAGCCAUUGAAUUAAAUCCAAAUGAUGCAACAUCCAUUCAUUCCAUCGGUUUCUGGUGCUUUAUAUUUGCAGACAUGCCAUGGUACACACGUAAAGUGGCAGCCGCUCUAUUUGCCACCCCUCCUACCUCAACAUACUCAGAGGCACUAUACUACUUUCAGCUAGCUGAGAAAGUGGAAGCCAACUUUUAUAGUAUGAAUUUGCUGAUGAUUGGUAAAACUCAUUUGAGGAUGAAGAAUUACUCAGCUGCCAAAAGUUUUUUAGUCAAAGCCCGAGAUUAUCCUGUAGUUACUCCUGAUGACAAGAAGGCACAUGAAGAAGCCAUUCAGUUGCUGAGUAAAAUUGGAGUAAAGAGCUGAUUCGAUGAAAUUCAAAGAAUCAACUAAACACUGUCUGUCAUGACCAUUUUUUCAUUAGUAUCAGUGUAUGCUUACUAGGACCCAUCAAAGAAUUGUGAUAAUACCAGUACUUUCAUUGAAAGAUCAGGAAGGGUGGGGGUAUCUCUACAUGUAUUUUAUGUUGUGACUUUAAAUGUUCUUUAAAUGAAUAUGAUAAUGGUA